CACCUCUGGAUGAGUUAGUUUUCUGAGCUCGCCGUCAGCAAAGCCCGUGGGGGAAACUCUUAAGGCUCCGCGACGUAAAUCAUUUUUCUUGUGAAUGUGACACACGUUCUCUGCAGUUUCCAUAUGCUGAGAUUGUACUUAUUCAUCAGUUUGAUGUGCUUGGUGCAAUCAGACACAGAUGAAACAUGUCCUUCAUUCACCAGACUGAGUUUCCACAGUGCAGUGGUUGGCACGGGACUAAAUGUGAAGCUGAUGUUGUACACAAGAAAAAACCUGACCUGUGCACAAGUCAUCAACGCCACAGCUUUUGGAAACUUGAAUGUCACCAAGAAAACCACCUUCAUUGUCCAUGGAUUUAGGCCAACAGGCUCCCCUCCAGUUUGGAUAGGGGACUUAGUGGAGGGUUUGCUCUUUGUUGAAGACAUGAAUGUGGUCGUUGUUGAUUGGAAUCGAGGAGCUACAACUCUAAUAUACACAAACGCCGCUAGUAAGACCAAAAAUGUAGCCACAGUCUUGAAGGAAUUUAUCGACCAGAUGUUGGUAAGACCUGUGAGCCAUCUUUAUCUGAGGGAUCAAAGCCCUGGCUGGCUGCAGGUGACUCAUGGUGUGGGGCUGCCAAGCAACUCUGUUUUCCUUCCAGGUCUCGACCCUGCGGGCCCUUUAUUCAACGGAAAACCUCCCCAGGACAGGUUGGAUCCCAGCGAUGCACAGUUUGUUGAUGUCAUUCAUUCCGACAUAGAUGCACUGGGCUACAGAGAACCACUAGGACACAUAGAUUUCUACCCAAAUGGAGGAUUGGAUCAACCUGGUUGUCCCAAAACAAUAUUUGGAGGAAUGCAGUAUUUUAAAUGUGACCACCAGAGGUCCGUGUACCUGUACCUCUCCUCCUUGACUGAGAGCUGCACCAUCACUGCCUAUCCCUGUGACUCCUACCGGGAUUAUAGGAAUGGCAAGUGUGUCAGCUGCAUCACACCACAAAAGGAGUCCUGCCCCCUCCUGGGCUAUUAUGCGGAUCGCUGGAAGGACUAUUUAAAGAAGAAAGAUCCCCCGAUGACUAAGGCAUUCUUUGACACAGCCGAGGAGAAGCCCUUCUGCAUGUAUCAUUACUUCGUGGAUAUUCUAACUUGGAACAAGAACAUAAGAAGAGGGGCUAUUACCAUCAAAUUGAGAGACAUGGCUGGAAACACCACAGAAUCCAAAAUCAAUCAUGAACCUGCCACAUUUCAGAAAUAUCACCAAGUGAGUCUACUUGCAAGAUUUAACCAAGAUCUGGAUAAAGUGGCAGCAAUAUCCUUGGUGUUCUCUACGGGAUCUGUAAUAGGCCCUAAGUAUAAACUCAGGAUUCUGCGAAUGAAGUUGAGGUCCCUUGCCUAUCCAGAAAGGCCCCAACUGUGUCGGUAUGAUCUUGUCCUGAAGGAAAACGUUGAAACGGUCUUUCAACCUAUUCUUUGCUCAAAGCUGCAGAUGUAACUGUUGCUGGGAAGUGGGCACCAGUAAUAUCAAGAAAGCGACAACUACAGGCUCUUUUAAAGCUUCACCUCCACUUAUCUUCAAGGCACAAAAAGAACUGAAAACCAAGGUUUUCUUCAGUAGUGUCCUACGGAUGUCACAUUGCACAACGUCAGACAACCUAGUGAUUAUAAAACGAGCCUAGGAAGGGAACCCCUAACUAGGGCAAGUCAGAAAUAGCCAGGCUUGCGGCAGCCGGCGCUGUCUCUGCUGCGUCCUGGGGCCUCAUUUGUUCUGACCUGUCAAUUUUGCUGCCUCUCUAGCCGUCACGCAGGCCUUUCUGCUCAUCACAGCUGCAGGUCAAGCAUCUUGGAGGGGCAGGCUGGAGCCCUCUCUUUGGACUUGACUUCACAUCUGUGUGCUAAAUUCCUCCAGUUCCCUAUGUGUACAGGGGAGUGAAACUGACUACCUCACAGGGCUGUGGUGCGGGUCUGAGAAGAGAGUCUGUGAAGGGUUUUUGAAAUCCCAUGGGUGCCACAUCUGUGAGAUGUUUGGUAAAUGUGAAUAUGCUUUUAUUUAUUUUGAUAGGGCUACUCUAAGAUGCAAUAAAA